AUCAGAAUGAGGCUUCCGGUUAUAUCGUCUGGAACUGAAGAUGGUAAAGUUAAAUUUUCAAAGAUCCACGGUAUUCUAGCCCUCAGGCUGUCCAUUAUCGUUCUUACUUCGUGCUAUGCUCGCUCAAUCGUUUUCCUGACACGUUGAAGCUAUCAUAUUGGUGAAAUGAGCGCUCAGGAAACCCGAAAUCAACAACUAUGGAAGAUCCGACGGACUACACUUGCGUUUGGUGUAGUUCAAAUCCUUCUAGGUCUUUCACUAACUACGCUAUCGUUCACAGCCUUCGUAUUUACGUCUUCGGAAAGAAUCCGAAAUGCCUGUCCAUACUGGGCUGGCUUUACGGUAAGUAAUUUUAUUUUUCCUUUGACUGUGUUUUCAAAUCUGCGUGUAGUGAUUACUAGUUGGCGUGAUUUUAAACGACAAAGUUGUCGGGUUUGUGCUAUUUUUCAAUAGGUAUUUUGCAGCGGUGGUGUUGGGAUCAUUGCCUGGAAAUAUUCAUCUGUUAUGUCGGUGAGUUUACCACGAGUUUAGCAGUUCUCGCAAUCAUUUCACACUUAGAUUCUGAACACCAAUUAAUAGAUAGUCAUUCCGUGUCAGAAGUUUAGUCAGUCGUGCAAAACACGGACAGCAUACAAAAUUCUGUUGGCAAAUGUUAUGGUUACUCAAAAUUUCAGCUUACAUUUUCGAUUGAAUCUUACAGGGUAUAAGUUUCGUCAGGGAACGUUAGUAAGCUUAUUAUAUUUUCGUUUUACGGUGUGGUUGCAGCUAUUCUGCGAUGUGCUGUGUCGAAAAUCGAAAUUUUCAUCUUACCCGAGGGAACUGUCGUUAAUACUGACACGAAGAGACGACAAAAUUUUAUAACCUUAAAUGUGACCAUUGCCUGUCAUUUUCAUGCAAAGUCACGUAUAUAUCUUUUUGCCUAAAGUCAUGAAACACCCAGUCAUUGGCUUGUACUCUGCCGCAUGUUUUUGACCAUGUUCCAAAAUUUGAAAAUAAAAUAAAAUGCUUUCCAGACAUAACGUGUCAGCGUGAGACGUAGGAGCUUUUGAUAUUAAAAAAAAUCCAUCCAAGUCUGCCAGAGUCUGCUAAGCCUAAUCUCCGCGCACGUUUUAAAGCCAUAUUCUUAAUUUUACUCAUUCUGACUCACUUUGUUCAAAACUUUUAUAGGAAACUAACGAGCCUUAUUUUGUGGCAAGCGCUUGGCACAUAUAAAAGCCGAAAAAGUCUCUGAUUUUAUGCCACUGUCCUCAGCUCAUGCCAGACAUAAACAUAUUUACAUACACUAAGGGCAGUGGGUCGCAGCUGAAGUUUCAAUUAAUUCCUUUUGUGUUUUUGUUUGAAUGAAGAAAAAAAUGUGGUAUUUUUAGUUACGAUGUGAAUUCUGUCAUGUACAUUUAGACUGGAGCUAAUUUUUUUUAUCAGUUAGAAUUCAGAGAGUCUUUUUAUUGACAUUGUUUCUCCUUUUGAGGUGGGGGAAUUGUAACACAAUAUUGAUCGAUAGAAGAAAUAGUUCUUUUAAUUUUUGCUGGGAGUACACCUAUGUGGUGAAGCAAGAUGUCUAUGUGAAAAGACAUGUUAUGACCACUGUGUGGUAUUUGAUAAAACCUUGAUGUGAGCAGUAUUAGUUGCAAUUGAAAAACCAAUGGUCAAUAAACUAUUAUUGCUUUUUCCCUCUGGAUAUACAUGAAGACAUCCCUACAUCAAGACACAUCCCCUUAAAUGGCCAUAUUCAUUUUUAGCCAAAUUCCUGCCAUACACAUUCAUACUGUGUGGUUUGAUUUAACACUUGACCUCGAUCAAUUUCAUUGACCGCAAUGGAAGAUCUGAGUUAACUUUGAAUGACUUUGAAUCAAAAAAUUUCCAUUUCGGAGAUGCUAAUAUAUAUCCUCAGAUACAGCUAACACAUUUUCUAAAAAAAAACUGCGCUAAUGUUAUGUCAAAAUUAACCUUUUAUUUCGUGAGAUACUGUGUUCUAUAUAUCAACAUGGAAGAGUUUACUCUUGUGUAAAUUAAAAUAACUACGUAGAUAAAUCUUGUUUUCCACCAAAAAUUAUUUCUAGAACCACAAAGUCAAUCAACCUAUGAUGAGCUUCACGGGCUAAACAAAUUUUGGUGAUUCAAAUGUUAUCUGUGAUCAAUGUCUUAACACUUUUUCUAUACCUCAUCAUGGUCGGUUUAGAUUUUGAUGCCAUUGACGGAAAUAACUGAGGAUUUGUGGUGGGUUUUAUCCCUUGCAAUGUUAUCGGCGUUGUAAGCGUGUUAAGACUUUUAUCGCUCGCCCCUUACACUUAAAACACUCUUCAGGAUUAUACUUAAAACUUUUGUCAUUUAGAUUCCCAUUAAGUAUUGAAGAUGUAUGUUGUGCCUAGCAUCUGUUUAUUGAGGUUAAAAAAGUUUGUUUAAAAAAGUGGUGUUUGUAACAACGUUGCUAAGUUCAGUUUCAAAUGAAGUGUUUCAGGAAAACCGGUUAACUUUUUCAUCCUUUUUUACCUUGACUGUCUUAGUAAGGCAACUGAAACUUGUACAAAAAUACUAAGUGGUGAUUUCAAGAAUGAGCACUAAGAGUAAUAUACAGAUCUGGCUCUGCAAUUAUACACUUACGAAAACCUAUUAGAACAUCAGACAAUCUGCCUAUUCUGUAUAAAAGAUGUCUGCAAGACAUAAUUACUGAUGUAUAAGGUCAAGAAUGGUCUUGUACUUGAUAAAGUUCCCAUCCUUUUUGUCCAUAAGAUUCUACACACUGGCUUUGAAGGUAGUUUUUCUGAUAUGCAGUAUGGCAAACACACAAUUAGAUAUCUAGGACCCAUCUUAUGGUUGAUCUACAUUAAGUAGAAGAUUAAAGAGAAUCUCCUAGCCCCAGGUUAAUACACUUUUUGUUUGGCCUCAUUUUAAAAAUGUGAUAUCGGAAAAUACAGUCCAAGAUUGUAGAUGGUGACUGAUUGUGGACCAGUGAUGCUGCUCACAUCACGUAUUUUUUUUCACAAUAAAGUGAUGUUUCCGUUUAAGAUCACGUUAGUUUAUGAUGAACCUGCUUAUCAUGGAGCUAAUAAUUUUCAACUGUCUAGCUAUUAUAUUUCUGUUCCUGAUUUUCCAGAACUAUUGGCUCUAUAAAAAUUACAGGAGGUUAUACCUUCAGUGUGCAUGUAUUUUGGUCUUGCGUUAUCAAAUCAUGUAGUAUAUACACCAAUUUUUUGUGUCUGAAUUACUUUUGACAAAGUAUCGUGGUGAUUGCAAUUAUGUCUUUGUGGUAAGGUAUUCCAGUACCCCUCAAAGGAAAUUGCAAUGAUGAGUGGAAUUUUUGUCGAGGGGAGGAGGCAGACAUUGCUAUAUUCUUGCAAGAGACAAGAAUAAGAAAGAUCGUAAAAAGCUUUGAAGAAAACUAGUUGAUCAUUGCCUGAAACAGGGCGAUCACAAGCAGCGAACCUUGAAACAGUCAUAGAAAAAAACAAAGUGGAUCGAAAUGCCCCAAUCACAAGUAAACAUGUGUUUUCUAAGAGGUUCGCUAAGAUAAUUGACAAAACAGAAAAACCAAAAAUUCCUUUGAAGGUUCCAAAAGGCGCGGUGCGAUACAACGAAUUUGGCUAUAUUAUAUCUCAGUCAUGAUGUCACAGUUUAUGAUAUUACAAUGACAUUAAACACUUAAUGUGAGACUGGUCCUGAGGGAAACAGUAAAUGUUGUUUCCUGAGAAUCUGGUGAGGGAAACAUUGAGCACUGGGAAACCAAAUUAACUGUUUCCGAGAGGAGACCAGUCUUUUAAGUGGCUUGUUAUGUAGCUGGAAAUUUUGAAGCUGACAGCGGUUGUCGGUCAUUACUUUCGCGGGUAACAGCACACUGUUACCCUGUGACAUCAUAGAUUUUGCAAUUUUCCCCGCUCAGAGAUUUUGGUAGGAAGCAGUUUCAUUGUUAGAUGUCAUGUGACCUCGAAGUAACCAAUGAGACCGCGGGCUGUUGGCAAACAAUUUCCAGCUAUAUAACAAAAGAUGAUAAGUUACUUUUAAUUUCAGCUCUGUGCUUGUACCCUAUAACAGUGACAGCUGCAAUAUUGAUAUGAUGAUUUAAUUUGGCUUUUUAUAACCAUAUAAUAUGAGUAUCUUUUUCAAAUAUUUUUUUGAAAAAGUUGUCGAAAGAAUUUAAGCGUGAUGCACAUAAUAUUCAAAUGUGGUUCAUAUUUUACAUGACACGUCAUUUCUCAGAGGUCACGAAGAAAUUGCAAUUUUUGUAUUGUUCAUUUCUGCCAAAAAACCACCACCAUAGAUCGAUUUUUCACAGGGGCACCCAACGAGAAUAUAAUUCAAAACCACUUAAACAUAGCAUUGUUAAAUGUAUUUUAGUAUUUAAACAGUAGAUAUAGGCAUAUUUUUAUCCCCUAGAAAUGUUUCAUCUGUUCGGAAUUCCUAGCUGAAAGUCUAGUGAUAAGAAAAUUAUAGGGAUCAAAAGUUACCUUUUCGAAAAUUUCAGCCAGAAAAAAGGCUCCCGAAAAUUCUAGGUGACCUUUUAAGUGUAAAAAAUCCGUUAAAAUGGGCAAUUAUACCAUUUUUUAGAUGUUCGAAAAUCGUAGGAGAGGCAGGCAAGCAAGAAAUUUUACCACAAAUGUUCCGAAAAUGCUAGAUCUCAAAUCGUCUUCCGAACAGAUAUUUUCCGAAAAUUGUCGUUGGGUGCCCCUGUUUUCAUGCCAAACUUAGUAAAACUGCAAAGGUUUACAAGGAUUCAUCACAAACUAACGGAAAAAUGAGCUCCUAAAGAGGAAAAAUUUUUACCAGAAAAUGAAAAUGAUAUUUUACCUGCACGACAUACAUUGUAUGUCAUGUGGGCAAGACUUCCCUCAUGCCAUACUUUUCCUUGUAAAAUCCCCAAGUUGCAGGCCCCAUUAAUCUCUGUAUUAGCUUACAACAAAUCCUUAUGAAAGUUCACAGUUUUACUAAAUUCAACAUGAUAAAUCUAUCAAAAACAUUGGCCAUGACAUCUGCACAAUGUGUAAUGUACGUGUAUGUAAGUGGAACAUGCAUCACUGUGCUUGAAUUUUUCUCUCUCAUUCUCCUCUCUCAUAUUGUUUGCAGAUGAGCAUGUUCACGUUCUUUUCAGCAGCAUGCGUAGUGGUACAGAUGAUUGCCACCAUUUUAACUGGCGAUACAGGUGGAUUACUUAAGUCGCUUGUUAUGUGUGAAAAACAGAUCUCAGGUGACAGGUGUAGCUGCUGUUCUUCCAUUACCAUGUGCAGUGUCAGUGCUGACAGAUUUGAGUUUGAAGGUGUUGAUAACUGCAGCAUCUUAACUGGACUGAUCACUGGAUUAAUGUAUGGGCUCUGUGUUUUAAAUAUUUUCGGAAGCUUGCUGUGUUUUGUAGCCACCAUCCUGGGAUGCACAGCAGUGGCUCGUGAAACCAGCAGAAAUCAGGUAGCAGUAUUUAAACCCUUUGAGUCCCCAGAGUGAUGAACAUCUGUUAUCUCCUAACACGAUUAAUACAUCAUUAAGGGUUAAGGUUAUGAGAAUUAAUAAAAUGAUCUCCUAAGGGAAACUGUUUUGAUCUUUUGUCCAAUUCUCCCAAGUAAUUCUUUAGCAAAGUGUAUAGAAAAUUUUUUCGUGGAUAUUGGGUCUUUAUAGCAUUAAGAGUCCUUCUCUGUUUUUUAAAAUGUUUUUCUAUAUUAGGUUUCUUUGAACAAUAGUGUCCAGUUAUUAUCUAACAAUUGGCAAAAAUUGAUUACCCUUAAGAGGAGGAGAAGAUGACUGUAUAUUGACCAUCACGGACAAUCAGCUCAUUAUUACGACUUGUCUUUAUCUUCCAAAUAGCUCUUUGUGCAUUAGCACACUUAAAGUGCAGGAAAUUUUAGUCUUAUGUUAUCCCAUUGACCCCAAUUAUCCAAAUGGAAAUUCUCAAGAUUGUUCUUCAGGUUUCCUUAAGAAUAUUGAAGAAAAUAUGUUUAAAGGUCAAAGCAGUUUCCACAAGGUGAUCAUUUCAGUGAUUCUCAAAACCUUUUCUCAUGAUGUAUUGAUGAUGUAUUAAUGAUAGUUAAUGAUAAUGAUUGUUAGGAGCUAGAAGAUAAGCCUGUGUAGCAGGUGCUUUGAAGUAAUGGAGGCAUUACUUCCAAGCACCUACGCCACAGUCUAGGAGAAAAUUGAUGUUGGUCACUCCUUGGAGGCAUUAUUACUUUUGUUUAUAUUUUUGGGUUGGGUGUAAGUUGUAAAUUAACAAUUAGUUCAUGCGUCAGCGUGCGUAUGUCGAGAUAUUGAGCACGCGGGAAGUUUGGAGAGCACGAAAGAGGCGUAAGAGUUGCACGAGGCGCAGCCGAGUGCAACUCUAGCCUCUUGAGUGCUCUCCAAACUUCCCAAGUGCUCAAUAUCUCGACAUACGCACAGCUGCAGCAUGAACUAAUUGUUUUAUAACAUUAUCAAAGCGAUCAAUGCAGCAGUUAACUGAAAAUUUUAUUAUUGAAGGGCGCGCUCAAAGCAGUACGCGUCAAUGUUUACGUGAAUAUAUCUUUUUUCCUCACAGUUAAUCUUAUGUUUUUAUCCUGAAACUGAGAGAAAGUGUACUCUAAAAUGAUUGUAAAAUCCAUAUUUAGGUGCCGGAAAACUAUUAAUUUACCGAAAAAUUGUUAUUGAGAGAAAACAACUUUGCAAAGAAUGAGCUCACGCCAUAGCCCGCACAGCUCGCGGAGAUGACAACAACAACAACAACACUCACCUCUUUUCCUUACUAUCGGUUAACAAAUUCAAACGUUUCCUCUUAAAUUUCUUUACAAAACACAUGGUAAACGCUUCAUUGUCUAUUGCUGAGUUAUGGAUGCACUCAGGAGACUCAGGAUUGCUAAGCUCACAACAACUCGAGGAAUUACGAACAGUUUAUUGACGUCAUCAGCGUGCUCAAUAGGAAUAUGAAGCACGCUCGCGGUAUUGAAUUUGAUUAGGCGAAUUUUCUAGCUAUGUUAUAAUUCAUUUUCACUCAUAACAAAACACUACAUUAACAGGCAAAAUACUUUGUAUUAAUGUGGCUCAGUGGGUGUUAAUGGUAGUGAUUUUGAAACUCCUUUGAAUGUUAGUAGUGGGAAGAGUUCAUUAUAUCUUCAUUUAUCAUACUUGUUCAUUUGUAAUUUAAAAAAUCCUUCUUAAUUUCCCAACUUGUAAUGAGGUGUUCGUUUUUUCUACUUACGGGGACUUCGGGUGUAGCGCUUGCGAAGAAAGAGAGCCUGAUUUCAUUUUGGGAAGUAGACUACAUACAUGCACUGUUUACAGGUAGCCAUUAUGACUCCUGAAGGAGGAUCUUGAGGUUAUGCCUGAACUAAGAUCUCUCCUUACGGAUAACCCACCCGACCCAGGAAAGGUUGGCCACACCACCAGGGUCUACGUCCCCUACUCGUUUCGAACAGUGGUGUAGGUUCUUUUUCGUCUCACAAGAACCAGAUAAACGAAAGUGCUGUGCGAGACGGGACCUACGGUUUUUCGUCGUUAUCUGAGAAGACAAGACAGUCUAACUGUUUUCAGAUGUCAUUACAAAGGCAGCACUUUCUCCUCAGUUAUUUAAAGACCCUGAGUGUUGGUCUGGCCAGGGUCUGAACCCGCGACCUCCUGCUCAGCGGACGGGUACUGAACUGAGCUAACCAGGCAGCGGUUAAAUUCUUACGGGGGAAAUAUUCUUUUUAAUUUAUAGGACCUCUGCAGCCGUCACGGUUCCAGGCGGUCGCACAUCAGCUCUGAAGAUCGCUACACUUGGUCAUCAUACCCGACAGACCUGUCGACGCUUCCUUCAUACGCACCUCCAGUAUAUCACUCAGUAGAAAACAUCCAAGAUUACGGGUUAUCAUCUUGCAUUGUCCCACCACCAGUGUUCGAUCCCACGGAUUUGCCGCCCCCGUACUGCUCGCAGAACCCCUCACUAGCGGAUUCCCAGGGGUCAUUGACUUCGCCCGAGUGCUCCUCUUGUCGAGUAAAGUAUUCUACUGAUCAGGACUUAUCUUUUGUUCGCACGAACUUGCCGAGUUCGGUUAGUCAAGUUCAGAACUUGGCUAAAGCUCACACGACUAUUCAGAAUACCAAUACUCAAGGGGUUAACACGAACGUUCAGAAUGCAGUUACUCAAGUUCAGUUUCCUGCUGGUCGGGAUUCAAGCGAGCCUUACGUGAGCUUGCAUUCUGCAGUUCAGAACGAGCAUUCUACGAUGCAAAUUGAUAACGACAUUUCUACUUGCAGUACGCCUAGUGGAGUUGCUCACUUCGAGGCUGGGAACCCCCCUUCGGAUUCGCAAAGUGUGCGUGUUACUCAAAGUAGCGGACAAUGUUUACCAAGUGGUACAUCUUGUUUGUCACGUAACCCUAAAAGUGGGUUUUCUCCUGAUAGAGAGCUUUCUUGUGUUACGAAAACUGACUCGCUUGUUAAUGAGAGUGCUAUCGGUAGAGAUGAGGUUGGUGUUGUAAAUAUUGAAGCUCAGCAUCCCUCGUCUGCUCUGAUCAGGUCAGAAAAUGAAUUUUGUGAACUCGUUCCAGAUGUGUCAGAUUUGCAGCGACACAAUAAUCCUGUUUCUACGAUCUGUUCGCCCCACAGAGGCGUCACAGUUUUGUCGCUCCGAGCACGGUCAAGUUCUCUGGGUGAAAACUCCAUUUACGUGAACUCUUUCGAGGUUUUGCCUCGACCGCCUCCAAAUAUGCGAAUUCCUCCCGAUGAACUAGGCGCGCCUAGCAGUGCAGACGAUUUAAACACGAAGAGCGCUGAACAGCAUUUGACAAAGCGAGCUUCGCGUUCCAAUGACGCUUUGUUAGAACAGCGCGGGAUCGGACGACGUGAACGUAGGAAAGAGACCACUAGACAUAAGAGGAGAAAGCAUCUCUAUGACAGCCCCAAGCACAAAGAUAAACGCGACGCAAGCGAUAAAUGUAAGGUGAACAAAGGGCAUGAAGACUCUGUAGCUUCAGGCAAGGAAACUAUAGUAUAGCAUAGACCAUAUUUCUUGCAGGAACGAGACAUACUUCAGUGAAAGGGACUAUGUCACAUGCUGUUUUAGGUCAAUCUUUUUUGUGCUGAAGUCAUUCCUCAGUGCCAGCUUACCCAGAUACAGAAUGCUCCUGUACAAUUAUAGAGAAGAUAUCAAUCAAAUUUCUUCGGGGAGCACUAACCAUAAUAAUUAUUUUGGCGAUUUUUGCGGGCAUAUCAUUAAAACUUGAAAAAGUUGGCAGAACAUUGUAAGUUUUAAUCCAUGUCCAUCCUUGCCAUCCUUUAUUACUGUGAACAGGAAACGGUUUCAAUGCCUAAACGUAGGCUUAAAUAACAAAACUGAACCAUUAUUUUUGGACUUUAAUGAAUGCAAAGAUACCAAAUAGCGUGACAUAGUGCCCUUAUAAGCCCUGAUGUGGCCAAUUUUUUCUCCGCACUAUUUUAUAUACAUUUCUCAUUGUGGAGAAUUCAUUUAACAAUCAAAGCGUUUUAGCUUUGCUGAGCUUUUGCUUGAUUCCCAUGAUCAUCGUUUUGCCGGAUUAGGCCGUGAUAUAACAGAGGUUAAGCAUCACGUUUACGGCAAAAGGCAAACGCGAAUUUGAACGACGUGACCAAAUUUCCCCAUUACUUGUCGUUUAUUAUUCAUUAUUUCUACACAUAAAUUAGUAGUUUCACGCAAUUUUUUAUCCAUAAGAAUUGUUUUGAGCUGUUUUUAUCUGCUCAUUUUCUAUCUUGAGAAAUUCUCAACUUGAAUCUAACGUUUGCAGUUUGCCAUAUACCUGAAGCUUAAACUCUACUCUGUUAUAAGGAGAAAGUAGAUUUUGGUCGGAGUUAGGGCUUAACGUUAGUCGAUAGGGUUUUCAGGGUCAAUACCUCCCAAGUUUGAGUAUAAACUAUAAAAUCUAUCUAGCGGUUUGAAAAUCAUCCGCUUAUUUGUAAAGUUAGUAGGCCAAACUGUUUACAAAACCGCUAACAAGAACGCCUUGACACAUACUAAUCAAAUCCUUCUUUCUAGCAAUCGGCUAGAGCUAUCUCCAUGAUCUUUCACACACGUUUUUAAGAAAGGCUGAAACUACUAUGAGGUGAAAUUACAUUACAAAAGUGCUUCGUUUUAUACAGAUAACGGCCGAACAUCAAGAUUGUCCAGGUUUUACCGUGUUUCUAACCAUAAAAACUUCAUCCCAAGAUAUCUCGACAACACUCCAAAAGAUGUCGCUUAAACUUCACGAACAUCGAGGCGCCUAUUGGAGGAAUAAGCUCACAUGAACGAUUUUGGAAUUACACUUCACGUAGUUUAUGCUCAAAUUUGGGAGGUAUUGACCCUGAAAAAACGUAUCGAGCCACCUCAAUCGGUUUAAGAAUGCAGUCAGGGUGGUAAAACCUUUCCUUGGGAGUCGUUAUAACAAUCCUGCGCCACCGCCGAUUUCAUAUGGCAAAAUCACUUACAAAUUACUUUAUUUUCACCCAGAAAAGAAGGUUUGAUUCUCGUUCGUGGCGUUUUAGUAGACAGAACAGGCGUUACUUUUCGCGUUUUUCCGGCGAGCAGAGGCAAGUGAAAAACACCCUCAACGGGGGAAGGCGCGUGUGUUGUCCUCCACGCCCGCCCGCGCGCGCGCUUAGCUUUCAGUCCUAUGAAAAACGCCAAAAAAUAAAUCCUUUUCUGCGGGCUAUGGCUUAAAACUUGGUAAAACUGCCAGCUGAUUAAGCUUUUACUUUAAUUUCGCUUUCUUCCUUCCUGAUAAGCUUUGUUUCUUAAAAGCAGGCGUAAAUCUUCAGAUCCUACAUACAGAAACAAGAAAACUCGAGACUUUUGAAUUGUGCUGUCUUCAAUAUUUUCAAAUUAGUAAAACGAAUUUUUUGAAAAAUGUCGAAUUUUUAGUACAGGCGCUUUGGAUCAAUUAAAUUUGGUAGACUAUGCUUGGUCCACGAAAACUCUCUCGGAAAAGUUGAAUAGAUUUAUCAUUUACUAAUAUAUAAAAGAACAGACAAGGUCAAAGAUGAUUGCCGCUGAUCUGUUAUUGCUCAUGCGUUACUUUGUAUUUUGUGCCUGAGAACUGCAUGUCCGUGCAUCUUAAAUAAAAACAAAAGAAUUAUAUAUGGGGCAUAAAGUGCUUAGACUGAAGAAAGAAAACGUUCUAUUAAAUUUUUAGAGGAAACUGGAGUGUUAUUCCUUAGGGUGGAUUUCCACUGUCGCGUAAUUUUUACGCACGUGCGGAGAUAAGAUAUAGGCAAUGUAUGAAAGGCAGCGCUUUCUUGUUCAAUUUUUACGUUUACGCGCGACGUUCCAUACAUUUACACGUGAAAAAUUACGCGAUGGUGGAAAUCCACCAUAAUGCGUUGGGCUUUUUUAUGAUCGCACAAGCUGUCAAUAGUAUGUGAUAUUCUAAGCUUUCCUGGGUUAAAAUUGGGGCCCAAAAUAUACUGGCCAAAAGUAGAAGCAGGCGCUUGUGUCAAGGUAGCUUAGUUUCUCUAGUAUUUACAACAAUGGGCUACGAAACUUAACGUCAGCGCGGAAUUUCCUGCGUGUAAAUGACCAAUUACAGCUUCAGAACCAAGAAAUAUGUCACUUGAACCUAUCAUCCAAUUUUACAUACGACGGAAAAACUUUAAAAACUGACAGACUGAAGAGUUUUCAAACCCCAGCAACACUCUGUUUUUAUCUUCUUUAAUUUUGUUCAUCCGUGCUUUCCUUGUCGAGUUGCUCCUUCACGGUUUCUACAUUUCGUGACUAAACUCCUUUUUCCAUUGGAGUUCAGUAAAGUUUGUAAACAAAAAACUGCGUUAAGCUUCCGUCCACACAAAACGAUGUACUUGCAAGUUUUGAACCUGCACAAGUCUCUUGGCCUGCGUUCAAACAUUCUUUUGCUUAAAAAGACAUGCAAACGAGGUUAAAGGUUAGCACAAUACAGAAUGUACCUUUCGCCUCGUCCACAUGUUUAAAAAAUCGUGAACAACUGUACAACAGCUAUCUCACCCUUUGUAGGGCAAUCCAAGACAAUCUUGGAUUCUGGAUUCCACGCCGUGGAUUCCGGAUUCCAGGUACUGGAUUUCUUUGUCAGUAAAAUUUGGAUUCUGGAUUCCAGUCGUUGGUGGGAUUCCGGUUUUUUUUAGCUGUAUUCGGGACUCCAAAGUCCAGGAUUCCAGAUUCUACGUGCAAACUAUCGAAUAGCCACAAAGUUAUUUCUUUUCUUUAUUAUUUGUAAACCUUUUGCUUUGGCAAACAGACCCGGUAGUUAAUACUGCUAGGUGCUGAGAAACUCGAGAGAUUCAACCUUUCCAUCUAAUUGUCCGUCCACAUUUGUGGUUUUAAACGAAUUAAAAACUAAAAGGAGAUUUAUCUAUUUAUAGCCGCUGCAUGUCAGUGAAAUCUGUUCCAGAGCACGUAAAUUACGUCUUGUGUAAUAAUAAUAAAUUCGUUAGAGAAACGGAACGAGUUCCGUUAUAUUUUGCCCAGUAGAGACCAUAAAGUAUUUGAAAGUGACAGAGUCGUGAUUUUAGUGACCUACAAAGUAUUAGAUCGCUUAUUAUUGUAUAUUAUGGUUUAUUGUGCCAUUAAAAGAGGGUUGUUCAAAGACAUGACUGCAUUAAAUCCAGGACUUGUUUACUAAUAUGUAUUAGAAAACAAAACAAAAAACAAAUUAAAGAGAUGAACAUUGAAAGAGGG